CCUAGCCUUGGGAAGAUAGAUGCUCAGAGAUUAACAGCGGGUAUUACUCUCCUUCGGAUGUGAGUUCAGUUCCCAGCACCCACUCUGGGCAGCUCACAGGUACCUUAGCUCCAGUUCCAGGAGAUCCAACACCUCUGGCCUCUGUGUACACACAGAUACACAGACAUGUGUGUUUCCCUUAAAAAAACAAAAACAAAACAGCAACAACAAAAAGCCUCCUGGCAAGCUGGGCGUGGUGGCACACACCUGUGAUCCCAGCACUCUGGGAGGCAGAGGCAGGUGGAUUGCUGUAAAUUUGAGGCCAGCCUGGUCUACACAGUGAGUCCAAGAGAGUCAAGCCUGCACAGAGAAACCUGUCUCGAAAAACAAAACAAAACAAAACCAACCAACCAAAAACCUGUCUCUAUUCUCUUACUCAGAAGACAAGAAGCCUCCCUGUGGGUCAGACAAACCAUGUGACUGGCAGUGUGGGAGGCCCGGGAGCCUGCCCACAGACGAGGUAGAAGAGGCUGGAGAGUCAUGCCCCCUUGCUCUACUGUCCUCCUGUGCUGUCCAGUCUUCCAAGGCUCAGACCCCUGGGGCUCUGAACAAUUGCUCUAAGUGACCUCUAGCUUUUGAGUGAAAAUGAGGAGAUAACACAAACAGGGCAAGUUCCCAGAAUCUGCCUUGAGGCCCAAGAACCUAGGGACUGGCUCUACCCCUUGCCACACACACCCCAUGGCUGACUGGCAUUCUUGUCUCUUCUGUGACAGGUGCUUCUGAAGCUGGGGAAUCCCAGGGAGGGUUCAGUGACCACACGUCCAUCAUGGGCCUGCGCUCCCUGAAACCCGAGGCCCUGAAGCUGCCACCUGGGACCUCAGAUCUCCUGGGCUGCCAGCGUCGCCACACACUCCCUGCCAGUGAGUUCCGCUGCCUGGUCCCCGAGGACGCCGUCAGUGUGUUUGAGAUCGAGCGCGAAGCCUUCAUCUCCGUCUCGGGCACCUGUCCCCUCCACCUGGAUGAGAUCCGGCAUUUCCUAACCCUGUGUCCAGAGCUGUCGCUGGGCUGGUUUGAGGAGGGCCGCCUUGUGGCCUUCAUCAUCGGCUCACUUUGGGACCAGGAGAGACUUACUCAGGAGUCGCUGACGCAGCACAGGCCUGGAGGCCGCACGGCCCACCUCCACGUCCUGGCGGUGCACUGCACCUUCCGGCAGCAGGGCAAAGGCCCUGUCCUGCUGUGGCGAUACCUUCAACACCUGGGCAGUCAGCCGGCUGUGCGCCGGGCUGUGCUCAUGUGCGAGGACGCACUGGUGCCCUUCUACGAGAAAUUUGGCUUCCAGGCUGUGGGCCCGUGUGCCGUCACCGUGGGCUCCCUCGCCUUCACCGAGCUACAGUGUUCCUUGCGGUGCCACGCCUUCCUGCGUAGGAACAGUGGCUGCUGACCGGAGCUGCCUACUUGGCCGUGGAGAAGGUCGGAGCAGCAGGCUGGGGCAGGGGAGCUCCUGCCCAACUCCCAUGCCACUCCCUUUUCUGCCUGGUACCCACCCAAGCAGAGCUGGCUAGCGUGAAGGGAGAGAGCAGUUCCCAACUAGAGCAGAGGGGUAAGGGUCAGUAAGAGGCCAGGAGGUGGCUUCACUCUAGCGCAGGCUGCUGUCUGCCCCCAGAGGACCUCUUGCAGAGGAGGGACCAUGAACGGUGGCAACCUUGGGGGAAAGAUCUGCUGGAGGGCCACAGGGCCACGCCUCACUGCGCCUGAGCACCAGUGUGGCAGCCCACCUGCCUCCCAAGGCCCCUCCCCUUCUAGUCUGAUCCCCCCCACCAGCCCUGGCACCUCUGCCCACUAAUAAAGCAGCUAUGCCCCGUGGCUGUGGUUUGUGGGUGUGUGGCGGGU